AUGAGCAUCUACAUCAUACCAGUGACAGUGCAGGCACAAGAAAAUUUCUUCGGUCUCUUGGAGUUGGUAAGACAUCACAUGGAGUACUGCUCUCACCUCUGGGCUGGAGCACCCCAGUGCCAACUUCUUCCUUUUGACCGAAUUCAACAUCGUGCAACUCGAAUGGUUGACGAUACCGAUCUUACCUAUAGGCUUGAUACUCUAGUCCUUCGGAGAGACGUUGCUUAUCUUAGCGUCUUUUAUCGCAUUUACUAUGGGGAAUGCUCUGAGCAGCUCAUCGGGCUACUACCUGCAGCUCAAUUCCACCAUCGCACUGCACGUCACGGGUUGCAAUACCAUCCGCACCACGUUGACAGCUGGAAGUCAACCACAGUGUACUUUAAAAGGAACUUUCUGCCACGCACCACCACCCUGUUGAAUUAG